UCCAGCCAGCCCCAGGAGAUGUGAGCCGGGCUCUGGCAGGUAGCGCUGCCCAGAGAGAACCAGCGAGAGAGCGAGGGUGAGGGAGACACGGGAGACUCGGGCGAGAGAGGGAGACGCGGGGAGAGGGAAGGAGACGCUGGAAGCGAGCGCCGGGGAGCCAGCCAGCCGAGCCGGGCUCCUCCCGGCGGGGCGUGUGGGUGGGGGACCGGGGGACAGACCGACCGCCGGGCGCGCACGCGGGACGGACAGACCGACGGAGCCGGCCAGAAUCGGCCAGACAAAGGACACACGGACAGCCGGACAGCCGGACGGCAGGAGGGCAGGACUGACGGCCGGCCAAUUUCCCCCGGGGCGGGUGGGGCUGGAGGCGGCGGAAGGGGUGGGGUGGGGCAGGGGGCGGGAGCGGGGGGGCUGGCGGGCGAUGUGGUCGCCCUGGGCGGCGGCGGGAUUUGGGGGGCCCGGCGCCUCCUCGCUGCUGCCGCUGCUGCUGCCGCUGCUGCUGCCGCCCUCGCAGGGCUGGAGUUGCGGGGGGCUGACCUGCGGGGACAAGGAGCGCUGCUGCGACUUUGGCAAUGUCACGUACACGGAGGUCAAGUGCUGCAAGCUGCCCUUUCACACGUUCCUGGACAACGUGGGCUGGUUCGUGAGGAAGCUCUCGGGGCUCCUCAUCCUGCUGGUGCUCUUCGCCAUCGGCUACUUCCUGCAGAGGAUCAUCUGCCCGAGCCCCCGCAGGUACAACCGGCGCCAGCCGGGCCAGCCACAGCAGCAGCAGCAGCAGCAGCCCCCCCAGCCGCUGGCGGCCGCUCCCGGAGGCCGGCGGCCGCAGUCGGACGACGCCCCGGCGCUGCUGCACGAGACGGCCGCCACGUCUCAGGACUCGCUGCUGGACAGCAGCAGCAGCAGCGGCCGCUGGGGCGCCUCGUCCGAGCACGAGCUGCACGCCGUGUCCUCCCCCCUCUUCCUGCAGCUGCCCAGCUACGAGGAGGUCAAAUACCUGCCCACGUACGAGGAGUCCAUUCUGCUGCAGGAGCAGCCGCCGCCCAGCCCCAAGGACUUCGUCCUGCCGGUGGCCGUGCUCGACCAGCCCCGAGGCGGGGACCCGAGCCGCGCCCCGGGGAGACACCCGCUCAUAUGAGCGCGCGGACUCCGGCCCUUCGAUGCGUCCCUCCCGCCCCCCGAGCCGAGCCCGGCGCGUCCCCAUGCGUGUACGGCCAAGGCCGGAGACUCCCUCCCUCGGCCGGUGCUCUGGAAAGUAAGACGCCGGGGCGUGGGGCGUCCGGAGACCCGAGAGCUUCACCGCGGCCACCCUGACCUCGGACCUAGAAAGGGGGCAAGCUACCGGGGCGAGGGGCUCCCCAGUAGCCCACCACAGUAACUGUCACUAGGGGCGGGGAUGGCAAGACGUCGGGGCGGCCGGAGACCCGGACAUUGCCCCCGCCCCAGCCGCGGCUGCUCCCGGGAGCAAUGUGACUGCGGGGCUAUCAAAAAUUCCCGCCGCCUCUGCUUUCUUUACCAGCCCCAGCUUUCCACCUUAGUUUUCCUGUUCCACCUUACAGAGCCACGCGUGACGUGGAAGGACUGACAAAGCGGGAGCACCCCUUCCCCUUCCCGGGGACCUGAAGCUCCCCCGGAUUUCAUUCGGUCCGGUGGUUAGCUCUUCCACGCUCUUGGUGGGGCCCAGGACCUCGGAGAGCAGCUCUCAGAAUGACCCACUUCCUUUAAGCCUUUACUAUUAAUUGUAUUUAUCGUAAGUGCCUGGUUACUAGAGCAUCACAGUGUCAAUUUAAAAGACCUGCAUCUCCUCAGCCUUGCGGAGCUUCCCCACAGGGACGAAGAAGACAGGGAUGGUCGAAUAUUCUCCCCACCCCACCCCACCCCACCCCCAAGGUUUAAAUCUGGGUUUAGGACUGCGGGUGAUGAGUGACUGGUCUCCUCAGUGAGUAAAUCCUUCUCUGCCAGGAUGCGAGAAUUUUUCUAAAAAUGGUGUCUUUAGUAAAUCAUGUCAAAUUAGCUGAUGUUGCUAGCCAGGAGAGGGAGAGGUGGAAGGAGGGGAGAAAUGAAAGGGGGGGGGGGGAAGUCUGGUGACAGAAAAAAAAAGGUAAAGGAAGAGGGGGGGAAGGAGAUGGAGGAAGGGAAACAGAGACACAGAGAGAGAGAGACAGAGACAGACAGAGAGACACAAAGACAGACAGAGACAGAGACAGAGAGGAGGGAGGGUGGGAGAGAAAAGGGAGGAGAGAAGAAAGAAGAGAAAGUGGAAAGAAAGAAAAGGGCAGCAGAAGAGAGAAAGAGAAGGGAAGGCAGGAGAGGGGAGAAAGGGGGUUGCUAAUGAACAAAUGCCAAGUUUGGGAUAAGAAAAUAUCUCCCAUAAAUGAAACACAAAAAUUAUCUCUAAGAGUGUCAUGGAACAUUAACUAAGUAAAUACAGCAGAUUGUUGCUGUUUAUGCAUUGAAGUCUAUAUAAUUUUUUUGUAAGUUUCUUCAUCCAUCCAGAGGAAGACCAGUUACUGUAUAUUUCCAAGAUUGUAUUCAAAAUAAGACACAGUUGGCCUUUUAAUUUUUCAAUACCUGAAAAAAGUGAAUUACCUUCAUUUGCCCUUUAUAAUUUAUAUUUUUCUAAUUUACUUAAUGCAAGAGAAGGGUAUUUCUGAUAUUAAAUGACUAGCUAAUGCUUAUCUCCUCCCUCAAGCCACACUGACUGCCAGGAACUUGCUUUCCCAGGCUGUCAUGAUUAUUUCAGGAAUACAUUGGGUGUUGGUUCAUUAGGAAGAAAAGAAAAAAAAAAAACACUUUAGGACAAAAAAAAUAUGAACAAGAGAUAAGUAUGGGACACAAAUGUUGAGGACAAUACUUUAUUUUCACUAUUUGAGAGGAAUAUAUUUUAUUUUUAGUACUGUGGUAUAAGAUAUAACUUUUAUAGUAACUGUAUAUAUUAUGUAGUCAGUCCACUGUUAGUCUCCACUAAGCCUCCAUUGCACCCCUCAUCCCAUAGGGUAGCAUAUAAAGAUAAUAGUUGUAUUUAUGUUCUGCAUCCUCCUAUCAUUUCUCAUUUGGAAUACAUUCCACAAAGUCCAUCGUAACACUUCUUGCUGGGACACAGGAUCUCUUAAAACACACACACACUAAUUGCUUUGUGGUGUAACAUUUGUAAGUAACAAAAUAAACCAUCUUAUAAGCAUCAACUUCAUCAUUGUGUGGAAUGUCUUACAAAUAAGUAGUCAUAUAAAGCCAUUAUAGGCUGGAUGCACUGUGUAUGCUGUACAUAUACAUAUCUAUAUAUACAGUAUACACUUUGAAUAAUGUAUGCUUAUAUGUUCAAAUUAUGAUACUGAGCCUCAUGAAUGGACAAAUGCUUUGGGGGGGAGGGGAAAUGGUAAAGCACUAUGCCAAGAAAGAGUAAUUAUCAAGUCUAACAUGUAUAUCUAGAAAUGUUGUUCUUUGUAUUUAAAAAUCCUGUUAGAAGUAUUUGUAAAUGUCACAAAUGUAUUUGCAAAGAAUGGUCUGAUUACUUUGAAACUCCUACAUGUUUAUGCAUUUGUCAUCAUUUGAAAAAACUUUGGAAGUGUGCUAAAUACAGUAAAGCAUUAAAGUCUCUCUCUACACAGA